GAUCUCCUGGUGCAGGGAAGUCGUCCUUUAUCAACUCGUUGAUAAAUUACGUAAAUACAACGAAGCAUUUAAAGCAAAAGAAGGUGAAUAGCUACAUACCGACUGCAAAUUCACAAUCAAUGGGUGGACAUACAAUGACGCGAGAGCCGGUCAAAUUGACGGACAACCUGAUUAUAGUAGACAACCGUGGAUGGCAUGACUGGAGCAACGAAGCUGCCUUGAAAGAGCUAUCUGCUCAAAUUCAUGGCCAAAGGUCUUUCGAUGAUGAUGUUAUUUGGAUUGAUGAUAACAACUCAGCUACCGCCGACAAAUCAGACAUACCGAUGGCAAUCACGGAUAAAAUAGACUGCACAACACUCGUCUUCAACGGAAUUGGAGGAAUCGACGCAGUUGAAAACAUCACUGAGCUCAUCGAGACAUGCCGCCAAAAUACCAAGAGACUACCAUCUGUCGUGAUAACCCACGGAGAUAAGAUAUCGGACAAAGAAGUCAACAAAAUGAUCGUGUUCCUGGAAAACGAGAAAAUCGACCGGGAGAAAAUAUUCGUCGUUAAGAACGUCACAUCUAAGGACGAAAGUCUCGAUGAUAAGACGAGGUCAUGCAUCGGGCGUUUCAUUGGAAUUUGUCAGGAUGAUGGUCAAGCCGGCAAUUUAGCGUACUAA